GAGCCCGGCCGGCGGGGGAGAUGUGCUCGGGCUCCACCGGAUCGGUUUCUCGGGGUUUGACCAGCUGUCCCGGGCUAACCCUGCUCCUCGCUGAAGAUGGAGGAAGUAAAAACAGGAUUACCCUUAGCUACAGAUCCACUGCCUUAGUUUCCACCACCAACUGCAGUGCACAAACACACGUUAGGCACAGGAAAGAAAGAAAGAGAGAGAGGGAGAGGACACACUAACAGUAAACACAAACAAAAGGGUGAUGGGAUUAUUUUACUGCAUGCACUGCUGAGCCCGACAUUGUCACCUCCUCUUUGAGGGGUUAGAAGAAGCUGGGAUCUCCCGACAGAGCUGGACAUGGUGAUGAAUGUUUUUUAAUCAAAGGACAAUUUCUUUUCACUGCACUUUGACUAUGGAAACAGACGCUAUUGAUGGCUACAUAACAUCAGGUGACAAUGAGCUUUCACCUGAAGGGGAACAUGCCAAUAUGGCCAUUGACCUCACCUCAAGCACACCCAAUGGACAACACGCCUCCCCAAGUCACAUGACAAGCACAAAUUCCGUAAAGCUAGAAAUGCAGAGCGAUGAAGAGUGUGACAGGAAACCCCUCAGCCGUGAAGACGAGAUCAGGGGCCAUGACGAGGGGAGCAGCCUAGAAGAACCCCUAAUUGAGGGCAGCGAGGUGGCCGACAACAGGAAAGUCCAGGAUCUCCAAGGCGAGGGAGGAAUCCGGCUUCCGAAUGGUAAACUGAAAUGUGACGUCUGUGGCAUGGUUUGCAUUGGGCCCAAUGUGCUUAUGGUACAUAAAAGGAGUCACACUGGUGAGCGCCCCUUCCACUGUAACCAGUGUGGAGCUUCUUUCACUCAGAAGGGCAACCUUCUGAGACAUAUAAAGUUACACUCUGGAGAGAAGCCUUUCAAAUGUCCUUUUUGUAGCUAUGCUUGUAGAAGAAGAGACGCUCUCACAGGACACCUCAGGACCCAUUCCGUGGGCAAACCUCACAAGUGUAACUACUGUGGACGAAGCUACAAGCAGCGCAGCUCACUGGAGGAGCACAAGGAACGCUGUCACAACUAUCUCCAGAACGUCAGCUUGGAGGCUGCCGGGCAGGUCAUGAGUCACCAUGUACCGCCCAUGGAAGAUUGUAAGGAACAAGAGCCUAUUAUGGACAACAAUAUUUCUCUGGUGCCUUUCGAGAGACCUGCUGUCAUAGAGAAGCUCACGGCAAACAUGGGAAAGCGCAAAAGCUCCACUCCACAGAAGUUUGUGGGGGAGAAGCUCAUGCGAUUCAGCUACCCAGAUAUUCAUUUUGAUAUGAACUUAACGUACGAGAAGGAGGCUGAGCUGAUGCAGUCUCAUAUGAUGGACCAAGCCAUCAACAAUGCAAUCACCUACCUUGGAGCUGAGGCCCUUCACCCUCUGAUGCCCCAUGCACCAAGCACAAUCGCCGAGGUGGCCCCAGUCAUAAGCUCGGCUUAUUCUCAGGUCUAUCAUCCAAACAGGAUAGAAAGACCCAUUAGCAGGGAAACAUCUGAUAGUCACGAAAACAACAUGGAUGGCCCCAUCUCUCUCAUCAGACCAAAGAGUCGACCCCAGGAAAGAGAGGCCUCUCCCAGCAAUAGCUGCCUCGAUUCUACUGACUCAGAAAGCAGCCAUGAUGACCACCAGUCCUACCAAGGAAACCCUGCCUUAAAUCCCAAGAGGAAACAAAGCCCAGCUUACAUGAAGGAGGAUGUCAAGGCUUUGGAUGCUACCAAGGCUCCCAAGGGCUCUCUGAAGGACAUCUAUAAGGUUUUCAAUGGAGAAGGAGAACAGAUAAGGGCCUUCAAGUGUGAGCACUGCCGAGUCCUUUUCCUAGACCAUGUCAUGUACACUAUUCACAUGGGUUGCCAUGGCUACCGGGACCCACUGGAAUGCAACAUCUGUGGCUAUAGAAGCCAGGACCGUUAUGAGUUUUCAUCACACAUUGUCCGAGGGGAGCAUACAUUCCACUAGGCCUUUUCAUUCCAAAGGGGACCCCUGUGAAGGACUGCACAUGAAGAAACACUGCACUUACAGUCCCACCUUCCUGCAGAUGGUGACACGCUUUCUUCUCAGUGCUGUCACUGUCUAUAAUGCUUAUUUUGUGGACAAAAUGUCAUUUGCUCUGCCUAAUUACAAUAAGGAAGAAACAAGAGAAAAGGGAUAGGGUGUUCACUGAUAACUUGGCUUGUUUUAUUUUGUGGGUGUUUAAAGCAGUUCAUUUCAGCCGUGCAUCCAUAU